AUGCUCGGCGUAGUGGUCGUAUUGUGCGGUGUACUCGCACUCGGUGCCCCCAGCUCUGUCAACUACUGCGGCGCCAAGAUGUGUGGAAAUACCAAUGCACAUACAUUCUGCCAGUUCCCUGAAGGUCCCAGCCCAGACUGCGUGGGUUACAUAGAAGCCAAGCUCGAACCUGAUGAGAAGACGAGACUAUUGGACCGGCUCAACAGUCGAAGGAAUGAGGCAGCCGGCGGUUUGCGAAGCUUCCCCCCAGCUGGAAACAUGCUCACGCUGCGUUGGGUUGAUGAGCUGGCUCGUGAAGCCCAGCGCUGGGCAGACCAGUGUCGCCCGCCGCGACCCCUUGAAGAACACGAUGCCUGUCGUAAUCUAUAUUCGCUGACAGUCGGUCAAUGUGUGGCGUCAGUAGUGGGCGAAGCGCCAGGACUUCGAGUGGAGUCCAUGGUCGACAUCUGGAACAUACAAAGCAUGCAGUACAAGGGCAAUGUCACCUUCUAUAUGCCUCCAAGUAUCGGUGGCAAGUACUACGGUGACUUUGCUCAGAUAAUUUGGGCAAAGAGUUAUAUGGUGGGCUGUGGUCGCAGUCGAUUUAUGACGCCUGUGCAAGGUCGCCUUCGAAGUGUGGAGCGUCUGGUCUGCAACAUAGCACCGUUUGGGCCCCAGCCGACGCGCCCAUUAUGGGCCCCUGCCGCACCAACUGCUUCCUGCCCACAUCGUUCAGCGCAAUCUCCCAAAUGGCCUAACCUUUGUGAUUACCAACGAAAGCAUAACGAUACUGAACAGUACGACCCAUCUACGACGCUUGAAGAUAAUUUACUAUUAAAUACUAUAUUAGAAAUAGAAGGAAAUGAGACAUUAGGUAGUAUAGAUGAGAUUUACUUAACCAAACUGGCUAUAGCAACAAUGACGAAUACAUACAAUGAAUGGCAAAUGGAUUCGUUUACUACACAAACAUAUUUCAAUUCGAAGCAGAGGAGAGAAGUUGUUGAUAUUGUAGAUGUCAUUAAGUUCCACGCCAAUGAUAGUACAGUUGCAAUUGUACCUCAAGUGGUGACAACACAAAAGUCAAGUUUCGUGCAAAACACUUUAAAGAAUACCGCAAGCGCAACGGCACCAUUGCAAACAGAAACAACAACAGAAGUUACAAAAGCCACUCAAACAGAACAUGAACUUAAUUGGAUCGGAGGACCAGCAAUUUACAACAUGGAAGAUUUGGCUAAUUUCAUUGCAAAGCCAGAAAAUAUCAAACUGAUUGAAGAACUACUUAAGAAGGAAAAGGAUUUUUAUGUUCAUGCUAACAAUGAAUUUAAUGAAACAACCAUCUUUAAUGAAACAUCUGUAGUUUUAUUAAAUGGCACACAAGUUUCAAAUGCUACUGGCGUCUCUCAAGUUCCAAUUAUCAUUGAUGAUUACGAAAAUAGUUUUACUGUUGUAGAUCCUAAAAUAGUGGAUGAUGUAACAGCCUUGGAUAUGCAUGCAACCCAAAUGUAUUUCAAUGAUUUAUUAAGUAGUAUUAAGCUGGAAGAUUCAAACAGGAGUGACAACGAGACCGGUAGCGACAGCAGUAGUGGUAGCGGCAGUGGUGACUUUGAAGAUGAUGACAGUGAAAAACAUCCAGAUUUUAGCAAUAUGACAGAAUAUUUUUAUAAUGAUCCCAUUGACCCUGAAACGGUCCGUCAGCUACAAGAGGCUUUGGAACAAAGUGAAUAUGAAAUGGAACAAAAAAAAGGGAAACAAGUAAAGGUACGAAGGGACUUGCGCGACAGUAGCGAGAGCGAUAGUCACCAAAAGCCAACAACACCACGUGGAAAUGAGUUUCCAAGUAACAAACCAAAAGAUGGUAAUUCACUGUUCGAUUUUUUUAACUUCGUGCCUUCAAUGUCGGAGACACCAAACGAAUAUUCCAGUACAGCUAGCCACGCCAUCCCGUCUCUUGUGAUAGUUUUAGCCUUGUGUUUGUAA